AUGCCAAAAAAAAGUCGUCGGAAGAAAAAAGCACAACAAGAAGAUUUUAAGAAACCAAAGCUCAAAAUUGGAAAAAAGAAACCUCAAGCUAAUAAUUUCACUGAUACAUCAUUCAGAUCUAGAGCAAUCUCUUUGCCUGAGCAGAGUAUUGCCAAAGAUAAAUCGGACGAAAUAACCAAUACUCGAAAUUUAUCGCUAAAUGAUCUUGUGACACAACUGAAGCAUUAUAACUCUAUUCAAGGUCUUAAGGAUUAUUUCCGUAAACAUCCUUCUAUUUUAUCUCAGUCCUUAUCAACAAUUGUGAAUCCUCUUUCACGUCUACUUGUUGAUGAUAGGUGUUCGAAGAUCAUUGCUCACGUUCUUUACGGAAUUCUUUCUAAACGUGCAAAAGCAAUGACACAUAUACAUGAUGAUAUACGGACAGAUUCUAUUAAAUUCAUGGAAUUAUGGCUUGAUAUUGCACCGGACGUCGUGGUGAAUGAGUUUUGGCAGCGGAUUGUGCCAAACUACAUUAGAUUACUAACUACAGACACUAGUAUUAGUAUCAGUAGUUCAGCUUCUAAUAUUAUCAGGACUUCUGUUGAUAAAAAUCAAUUUUGGCCACAGGAAAUAAAAAUUGAAAUACUAUCAAGUUUUCAUAAACUUUUAAAAUACGGAUUUACCUUCGAUGAAAAUGAAGACACGUAA